AUGAUCAUGAUGAACUCUUCACAGGUUUCAUAUUUCACACUUGCUGCCUAUUUUCAAACUGGAACUUUGAAAUACUUGUAUUUCAUGAUUGUCCUGUUUUUAUACAUUUUUAUUGUCAGUUUAAAUGUUCUGCUGAUUGUGGUUAUCUGUCUGAACAGAAGCUUACAUGAACCCAUGUACCUGUUUCUGUGCAGCCUGUUUGUAAAUGAACUGUAUGGUAGUACAGGGUUGUUUCCAUUCCUGCUGGUUCAGAUCCUCUCUGACAUUCACACUGUUUCUGCUUCAAUUUGUUUCCUACAGAUGUUUUGUGUGCACUCUUAUGGUGGUAUGGAAUAUUUAAACUUAGCCGUCAUGUCUUAUGACAGAUACCUCGCUAUCUGUUGUCCUCUACAUUAUAACACACGUAUGACGUCUAACAAAAUUGCCACACUAAUUGGUGUAACAUGGUUAUAUCCUUUGCUUGUAUGUAUUGCCAUAUAUUUGACUUCCUCUUUACAGCUGUGUGGAAACACCAUUUACAAAGUUUACUGUGAUGGCCACUCUAUUGUUAAACUUGCAUGCUCAGACGCUCAUACAGCUAAUAUAUAUGGGCUUAUUGCCUCUUUUGGUACAAUGUUUGUUGCUUUAAUUUUUAUCAUGUUCACAUACAUGAAAAUUUUUCGAGUGUGUUUUUCUGGUUCUAAACAGACUAAACAAAAAGCUGUCAGCACCUGCACACCUCACCUUGCUUCCAUAUUCAACUUUUCUGUUGGGGCUAGUUUUGAAUUAAUACAGAGCAGGUUUAAUAUGAAGAGUUUCCCCAGUAUGCUGCGUAUAUUCUUAUCAUUAUACUUCCUCACAUGCCAGCCGCUCUUCAACCCUGUAAUGUAUGGACUUAAUCUGUCCAAAAUCCGUGUCAUAGGUAAAAAUCUGAUGUCAAACGUAGGCAAUUAA